GUUUGUGCCCAACCUAGUCUAGCACUAAAUCUUGUGCUGCGGGGUACAUAUUCCAUGGCUCGAAGGAGGCCCCACCAGUAAAGUGGUGGAGCGUCGCGUCCAGUUGAGGCGCGUUUUGCAAAGGAGCGGGUUUCUGUAUAAUUGAAGCAUCUGCGUGUUCAUCCUCCACUUUCACUGCUGUGCCAACUCCAAGGCCUCCGAGCUUUGUAUCAUGGGAUGCAUAGCUAACUAACAAACCGGAUUCUAUUGUACCACCGCAUUGGAUAUGCUUUAUCGAUAGCUGUAAUUCGACAUCAACAAAGACAGUCUCAGCAAUGAUGGGAUGGCUCUCUACGGUACCAAUCAUUCAGGAAUGCUUCGGGGAGACCCACCUUCUUUCUCAGCACCUCACCCCGACAAUGCAGCCUCAAUACGGAUUACUAGUCCUUGGGAUCUAAAAGCAGACCUCUCUGAAGCUCUAAAUACCAUUGAAGCUCCCGGUAGUUUUGCUUUCUUUGCAGCUAUCCAGCCUGACGUCCUACCCCAAAUUGUGGUCAAAGACGUGGGCACAAUAUGCCUACCCCUUGAUAUAGUACAGGCUCAACUGCUCGAAACUAAGAUACAUCAAAUAUCAAACACACAAAGUGCUUCCGCUGCCAAUUCGCCUCGAGGUCAUUGGCGUCUCAACACCGAUGGCUUUAGCAUCAAAAACUCAGUCGAAUGGGACACGUUUCUCGAACAGACUGUGGUGCCUCAUGUUGCCCAGGAACUCGGUGUAUCAGAGCCGGUAUCAGCAAAGCUAAAAGCAGUGCUGUUACAAGGAAAGGGGCCCGCCGGUGAGAUAUGCUCCCUGAACACGGACAAAAACUCCAAACAUUUUGCAACCCUCUUGAUCAAUCUACCUUCUCGCCACGUAGGUGGAGAUAUCGUUACCAGUCAUGAUGGCGUCAAGAAGUGCUUCGGAAUCUCAGCAGCAAAGCUUUCAUGGGUUGGCUGGUAUGAAGAUGCACAUCACGAUGUUCUUCCUAUCAAGGAAGGUUACCGGUUCGCUUUGGCCUACAGUCUUGCUGUAAACACUUUCGAACGAACCCCUUCUGCUGCGUUGAUAGGAGAAGACAGCAAAAAAUUACAAAAAGUCUUGGAAACCUGGCACUACGAGAUCAUUAAUGGUUGCCGUCCGCCGGCUCCGCUAUUCUUUGUCAUGGAUCACAAAUUUGACGGGACAAAUACAUCGUUUAGGACACUAAAAACCAGGGACAAACACAUCGUGCAACGACUUCGGGAUUUGCUCAGCGAGUUAAGCUUCGAUCUUUUCUUUGCAGAUCUCUUAAAAAUAGAACUGGGCGCAACUAAGCCCGAUCAUACAAGCUAUGCGUACAACGACGGCAGGUGUCUCCCUGGAGAAUAUGGACACAAUUCCCUUUCUUCGAGGCACAAAAGCCAGUUCUGCUCAGUAGAUGAAUUAUUUAGCUUCGAAUAUUCCACAAAGGCUGUCUUUAGUCUAGAUGGUAAACAAAUUGUUUCCACCAUUCAAAUACCGAACGGGGAUGUUCUCCAGUCUAUUGUUCCUUUCGUUGAUAAGCCCGACAAGGAAGAAGUAGAAAGGCAUCCACGUGGAGAUCUAUGGAGUCUCAAGCAUUGGUACAAUCGAUCAGCUUUGGUUAUUGUGCCAACAAUGGGCACAUAUCCCUUCCUCUUGAAAGCCUUGAGUGAUAGAGCCUACGGCGGCUGUAAUGAUAGCAUGUCCUACCAUUCUUUAAGCACGCUGACCGAAUAUUAUGCGGGGCUAUGUCUCUACCCACGAGUCUCGGGCCACUGGUUGACGAUAUUGAAUCAACUGUGUCGACAAAUAUUUACACACAGAAGACGCACCAAUUCAGGUGCUCCGAUCAAUGACCAGCUAGUAUGCAGUAUUAUGAAAGUGGCUAUUCUACACGACCAGCAGGACCUUCUAGAUCUUUGCGCAACGGCUGAUGCACCUGUCUCAAUACACUUCUUAAUAUGGGCGGGCUCAGAAGUCGAUACAGGGAGGGUACCCUACGGGAAGCUCAGGACUAUUAUACUUUCGAGCAUUAGUGCACGGAAAACUAUGAGCGGGAAGCUGGCUGCUAUUGAGGCCUUUAGCUCUGAUGUAGAAGAGAUCUCCGACGAUAUGCGAUCGCUUCUAUCACUUGGGGCAGAAGCAGCAUUAGAGAAUUGUGGGACAAUCUUACUCCACAAAGGCGAUGCUGCUGUCGUCUUUGAUCUUGUGAACUGUUACAUGGACUUUGCGUAUCUUACAUCGAGACUUGCACCCUUGCUCGAAAAUUGCGUAUCUGCUCCCUUCAUGCUGGAACUUACAAAGAUAAUGCGGCAAAACAUAAACCGCAACCAACAUCUACGAACCGAGUAUCUGGCUGUUUACAAACAGCUAGCCAGGACUACUAUAAAGGUUUUGAGCGUUCAGACCAUGGGUCCCAAUAGCGGCCCCCCAGUGUCAUUCAAUCCUGCCGGCUCUACUGGUGGUGCGUGGCAAAGAUCCACAACUCACUCUACUUUACCAGACAUUACAUCCAACGCGUUCACUAAAUUCGUGGAUUAUGAUGCGCUCUCCCAGUUCGUGGUAGGCUUGUUCAAAAUGGGUCUUACUUCAGACGUCGAGCUGCUAGCGAAACACCUGUGUGCUCACGCUACAACUAUGCGACCUGCUGAGCUGAACCGAUUAUAUAUUCCAUUGCUCCAGGAUCUUAUUGCGCUACUCGAAGAGCAUAAAAUCAGUUUGGCAACUCCACGGUAUCAACAACUGUACCAGACACUCCUCCGAGCCUACAUCAUCAGGUUUGUUACCAAGCCAUCCGGAUUGACCUGGAAACAUGAUCGAGUACCAUGUAAUUGUUUGGCGUGUGCAUCAAUGAAUAGGUUCCUUGAAAACCCAAUAGAAGCCAGCGGUCGUUUCACUCUGGGUCGGGCCCGAAGAGAACAUCUCCGAAACAUGCUUGACGAUUCGAAAGCCGACUGUACAUGCAAGAUCCUCGAACACAGCAGUCCUUCCACACUACUCGUUACGAAGAACAGCCAGCACCAUUUCAAUCCAACUUGGAUACAGCGAAGACUGGAGGCAGAAAACAACAUUUCGAUUUUUAACCAGGAAAAACUACGCGUGCUUUUGCAGGGCCACUAUGAUAACGUGACGUCUUUCAACAAACUCGACGCUUCAGAUUGGCCUCAUUACCUGCCAUUUAAUUAUCUUACCCCAACCAUAUCGUCAUUCUCUCCGACAACCACACGACAGCGCAAACCUCUGGCUCCUAUUUCCGGCAAUGUUCACGACGAGCUAGCACGACUACAGGAUGAAAUCGCCAAAGCAGGGGGAACAGAAUUACCGUCGUCUAGACCUAGGCCAUCACCACCAACUACCGGCAGGGCUGCGGGAUAUACUGGAGUUCCAUUGUCCUCCGUUAUGUCUUCGCCACGGGCAGAGCUGGGGUAUAGCACUGUCCAGCCCGUCAGCAGUGUAUCAAAUACCGGCACCGCUCUCACGUCUGCCGUAAGGAGGCGGUCGUCUCCGAACCGGCGCCGUAGUACAACAACCAUUUACACAGGUCCCUCGCGGUUGCCUCCAGUACCAUCACUUGCGGGGAUGAAGCGCAAAGCGACUACUGUAAUAGAUCUGACUGAGGACAGUGAUUGAUUAGGUUGGAUGGCGUUUCGGCUGGGAAAGUCAUGAAGUCAAAAUACCCCCUUGUGGCCGGUGAGGCCCACUGCAAGCAACUGUAUACUACAUGACUUUGGCACGGGAUAGAAAAGAAUGUAACAAGCUGAACUGUG